CCUCCGAGUAUAAAUAGGGGUGGCAGGACCGAGCUGAGCCGCACACAGCCAUCCAUCCUCCCUUCUCCCUCUCUCCCCCGUUCUUCUCUCUAGGCCCCCAUCUCCGCCGCCGGCCAGGGGGCACCGACCGGCACCAUGAGUUCCUUCAGCUACGAGCCGUACUACUCGACCUCCUACAAACGGCGCUACGUGGAGACGCCCCGGGUGCACAUCUCCAGCGUGCGCAGCGGCUACAGCACCGCGCGCUCCGCUUACUCCAGCUACUCCGCGCCCGUCUCCUCCUCGCUGUCCGUGCGGCGCAGCUACUCCUCCAGCUCCGGCUCCUUGAUGCCCAGCCUCGAGAGCCUCGACCUGAGCCAGGUCGCCGCCAUCAGCAACGACCUCAAGUCGAUCCGCACCCAGGAGAAGGCGCAGCUGCAGGACCUCAACGACCGUUUCGCCAGCUUCAUCGAGCGCGUGCACGAGCUGGAGCAGCAGAACAAGGUCCUGGAAGCCGAGCUGCUGGUGCUGCGCCAGAAGCACUCCGAGCCCUCCCGCUUCCGGGCGCUCUACGAGCAGGAGAUCCGUGAUCUGCGUCUGGCAGCGGAAGACGCCACCAACGAGAAGCAGGCGCUCCAGGGCGAGCGCGAGGGGCUGGAGGAGACCCUGCGCAACCUGCAGGCGCGCUACGAAGAGGAGGUGCUGAGCCGUGAGGACGCCGAGGGCCGGCUGAUGGAAGCGCGCAAAGGGGCCGACGAGGCGGCUCUCGCCCGCGCCGAGCUCGAAAAGCGCAUCGACAGCCUGAUGGACGAAAUCGCCUUUCUGAAGAAAGUGCACGAAGAGGAGAUCGCCGAGCUGCAGGCGCAGAUCCAGUACGCACAGAUCUCCGUGGAGAUGGAUGUGUCCUCCAAGCCCGACCUCUCCGCCGCGCUCAAGGACAUCCGCGCCCAGUAUGAGAAGCUGGCCGCCAAGAACAUGCAGAAUGCCGAAGAAUGGUUCAAGAGCCGUUUCACGGUGCUGACCGAGAGUGCCGCCAAGAACACCGAUGCUGUGCGCGCCGCCAAGGACGAGGUGUCCGAGAGCCGCCGCCUGCUGAAGGCCAAGACCCUGGAGAUCGAAGCAUGCCGGGGCAUGAACGAAGCGCUGGAGAAGCAGUUGCAGGAGCUAGAGGACAAGCAGAACGCAGACAUUAGCGCUAUGCAGGACACAAUCAACAAAUUGGAAAAUGAAUUGAGAACCACAAAGAGCGAAAUGGCAAGAUACCUCAAGGAAUACCAAGACCUCCUCAAUGUCAAGAUGGCUUUGGACAUUGAGAUUGCAGCUUACAGGAAACUCUUGGAAGGUGAGGAGACCCGGCUGAGUUUCACGAGUGUGGGCAGCCUGACCACUGGCUACACCCAGAGCUCCCAGGUCUUCGGCCGAUCUGCCUAUGGCGGUUUGCAGACCAGCUCCUAUUUGAUGUCCGCCCGCUCCUUCCCGUCCUACUACACCAGCCACGUCCAGGAGGAGCAGAUCGAGGUGGAGGAGACCAUUGAGGCUGCUAAAGCCGAGGAAGCCAAGGACGAGCCCCCCUCUGAAGGAGAGGCGGAGGAGGAGGAGAAGGAGAAGGAAGAGGCCGAGGCCGACGCCGAAGCCGAAGCCGAAGCUGAGGCUGAGGAAGAGGAGGGAGCCCAAGAGGAAGAAGCUGCCAAGGAAGACGCUGAGGAAGCAAAGGAGGAAGAAGAAGGAGGUGAAGGCGCAGCUGCAGAAGAAACCAAAGAAGCGGAGGAGGAAGAGAAAAAAGAUGAAGGUGCUGGGGAGGAGCAAGCCACCAAGAAGAAAGACUGAGCCCUUCCCUUCCCUUAAUUAUUCCAGGAGUAAUUCUCCCGAAUUCAGGUCAACCCUAUCACCAACCAACCAGUUGAGUUGCAGAUACUAUAUGAAUUAAGAAGUCAAUCUAUGUAUAAUUCUGAGAUGACUUAGGCUGGACAUUAAAUGUUGUGCUAUGAAUCUUCUCCUUCCGCAGAGUACCUGUCUGCUUGCAGAGUGGCUUCCUGGCUUGCUGCCAGCCUGUGCAUGGUUCGCUUAUGAGUUCAGGAUCUAUGGCAAUGUGAAUAAUUCAGAUGUUUACAAUUAAAAAACCACACCAUGAAUAAAUGAAUUCACUAAUGUUAAUGUUAAACUUCAUGGGGAAAAAAUAGUCCUUUGAAUCUUUGGUGGUUAGAAAUUAAAGACCUCGAAUUAUGUGCAAUAAAUAGUAAAUAAAGUUACACUGAAUGACGUUCCUUGCUGUGCUUGUUGACUUAAUUCAGAUAUCUUAAAGAGGGCACCAAUAGCAGACACGUAGAUGCAGACUAUUGACUUCCAAAUUUUUUCAAGUCAAAAUUUUAACAAUUACAAUGCGCUUUCCCCCCUUAAUUGGUAAUUCUGAGGAUACGAUUAGGUCAUGACCAUUCAUGAAGUCUCUCCCUUCGAAAAUUUUACUGACAAUAAACUUGAAUAAAUGAGAAUCCCUGGGUUUCUCUUCCUUUGGUAAAUAGCAAUAUAUUUUGCCCUGUAAGUGUACUGUAUAAUGUUGGGAAUGGCUUUCUUGGAGGCAGUCUGAAUCAUGUUUACCUUUAUGGUAAACAGGUAACUUGAACACUAAUAUAUAAUAGUAAAAGCGUAUGGGUAGAAUGUGAAUCCCACUCAUCUGUCACUGUAACCACAUUUAAAAAGUAUAGCCUAACUAUCAUGAGCAGAA